GUUGGCUAUCUGCAAUACACAAGCGUCAACGGAGCACGUCGAAGACUGUUUGAGCCCCGUGCAGGCCUGAGAGGGACUAAUAACUGGGCUGGCGCACGUCUCUGCGUGGAGCGACUGGUUCGGAUCACCUCGAAAGAAUGGACCGAAGACCCUUAUUUCCUAUUACAGUCGCGCCUUCUCAUCUCCAACAUACUUCAUGUAGAGAACAUACUUCUCUACGAGGCCGAUAUCACAACAGAGCUUCUAGCUGGGCCCAGGAAUCCGAGGACACCAGCUUGUCCGAUAGAAUGGUCCACAAUUCGACGCAAACAAGUACCAUAUUUGCCUUCCAAUACCUUCUCUGGCAGGCUGCAGCGGAGCUUCUGGCGUCCGGUUGCUUGGGAUCAAACACUAUUGACUCUUCUUCGCAAUGUGGAAGGUGUCAUCGAACUUGUUCGGAAACGGACAGGGGAGCCAGAAUACGGCCGAACAUCCAAGACAACACGAAUCUCGAACGCAGGGUAG